UACUCGACCAGCGGAGGGCAGUAAAACGAAUCGUAGCUUCUAAAAAUACGGAAAUCGCACAAGAAGAAGAAGCAGACCCGGAAGCAGAGCCCAAGCCAUUGGUACACGCUCUUUGGCACAAACCCGAUUGGUUGUUAGCCAGUUAACGCAAAGAAACUUCGGGUAUGUCCAGCGUUGCUCAUAGUAUACCUCCCUGCUGAGGGAAUGCAUAUUAUACAUGUCUUUCAUUCAUACCCCGCUGGGUGACGUCACCCCAGAGCACAGGAUUGCGAACUGCUCUGUGCCGCUGGCAACAAAAUGCUGGAAGGCUGAAGAACUUUUACCCAGGACGGUUUGAAGAUCUUGCUUGCACGGGAUGGCCUGUAUAUCAGCAAUGCUCCGCUUUACCAGAGGAUCAUUUCUAAUGAAUCAGCAGGGCCCUCUUCAGUUGGUCGCUCGUUUUCCCACAUUGCACAGCUCAGCCCGCAACAAUAGGCCAUUCGUUUCGGGAACAGCUUCCAACGAUGAGAGUGGCAAUUCGGGAACGGAGAACACGUCCCUGGUGGAGAAUCUCGCCACGAUGGGGGUGGAUGUAAAAAUGGUGCGACAACGGCAGCCGGGCGUUUUGAGGAAGGCCAUUACCAACGAGCGGGGCCUCGCCCACUUCCUGCAGAGCAAGGGGGCGAGCCGCGAGAUCGUGGCCGGGAUCAUUUCCCGGUACCCGCGUUCCAUCACGCGCUCCGGGCCGCACCUCGAGGAGAGGUGGGAGCUGUGGAAGAGCAUCUUCAAGAGCAACGGCGAGAUCGUGAACAUCCUGGAGCGCUCCCCCGAGUCCUUCUUCCGCUCCAGCGACAACAACAAUCUGGAGAAGAACAUCGUCUUCCUGGGCUCCCUGGGCCUCAAGUCCAAGGACUUGCACCGGCUGCUGACCACCGCGCCGCGCACGUUCUCCAACAGCGUGGAGCUGAACCGGCAGAUGGUCGAGCUCCUGCGCGACGUGUGCACCAGCUUGGGUGGAGAUCAGCCGGAGCAGUUCGUGAAGACCGUGAUCUCUCGAAACCUGUACAUCCUGAUACGCAGUACCAAACGCAUCAAGGCUAACGUUGUUUUCUUGCAGGAAACCCUGGGGCUAAGCGACGCAAAGCUUCUGGACCUGUUGCAGGGGCACGGUGCUGAGAUAUUGGACCUCUCAAAUGAGUACCUCAAGAGGAACUUCAAAAAUGCGGAGGAAAAACUAGCUUUGCUCGGCUGCGACAAAAGCGACGUUAAAAAACUGAUCAUCAGCUACGCUCCAGUUCUUUUUAUCUCUCCUGACAACCUGAAGAAUAAACUAGACUGCCUGGUUGAAGGAGGGGUGCACAUCGCACAGAUACUAGAGAGGCCGAAGGUCUUGGACUUCAGUGUUGAGAACAUGAAGAGACGUUUGGCUGACCUUCAGCGGAUUGACUAUGACUUCAGGAAGAAUGGGAUUGGCAUUCUGGACACCAGUCGAAAACGAUUUGAUGCAAAGUUAGAGCGCCUGUCUGUUUUUCAAGAGUAAAUUAUGUGAACAUUGUGCCUUUAUGAAAUAAAAACAUUUCUGCACUAUAA